AUUCUUUACAUUUCUAUUCAUUGGAAGAGAAGUCACCAUCUCUUCGAUGUGACAUUACAGCCUUAGACAGCAAGUUUUAAAUAUAAGGUUUUUGCGUUAUCGAGGGUUCUCGAAAUCGAAGUUUACAUCUAAAUUACAAAGAAUUCUCUGCGCAAUUGAAUAAGAGACUUUUACAUUUCUUUUAUUUUCCUGUCUUUUCGAGUCAUCGUAUGCCCAAUUUGGUUCAAAAUUCGGCCAAUUACAAUAAAUUUUCCCUUGCAUUCAAAUUUAGCAAUAUGUACACUUGCUUUAUGAUUUAACAGAAAGCUUUGAUUUCUGCCUGCAUUUUGAUGAUAUUUGAAGGAUUUCCAUCACUCGAAGAUCUACUGGAUAAAUUUUAAGCAAUGAUUUUCCAAUCGGAGAAAAAUGCAUGGAAUGAAAAAAUAGCUCUUAAUUAAGUAGGUUUCAGCGCUCAAAUUUAAGGUUCUGUUUCGCGAUGGCUCUGUCAGGAUCUUUAUUAUCAUACAGGGAUCGGACAUCGGAGUUCCAAUCUUUGACGGAAAGGCUGAAGAAAACUCAAACCCCUGAUGGAAGUGAAUAUGGCAGGGCUUCUACACCUGCGAAUUCUGUUGGCUCGGAUUUCAAUAAGAGGGCUUCCAGAAUUGGACUUGGUAUUCAUGAGACUUCUCAGAAGAUCGCUAGGCUUGCCAAGAUGACAAAGAAGACAUCUAUGUUCAACGACCCAACCAUGGAAAUAGAAGAGCUCACUGCUGUUAUUAAGCAGGAUAUUACAGCAUUAAAUGCUGCCUUUUCAGACUUGCAAGCGCUUCAAAGCUCUGAAAUAGGUGACAGUAACUGUUCCAAGGACAGUGCUACUCAUUUUACAACAAUUGUAGAUGACUUGAAUGGCCGACUCAAGGGCAUUACGAAGGAGUUGAAAGAUGUUUUAAUUACAAGGUCUGAGAAUCUCAAGGCUCACGACAAUAGGAGGCAGAUAUUUUCCUCAAAUACAUCUAGAGGUAACCCUUUUGCUCAACAAAGACCUAUUGGUUCGACUAGAAGUUCAAUAACAAACUCAAAGCCGCCUCCUUGGACAAAUGGAUCAACCUUUUCUACCCCACUUCCAACAUCUAGAAUGCCAUCAAUCGACAAUUCCAGUAAUAGCCAGCUGAGGCGUCGGAUUGGUGUGGAUGGUACUGCAUCAAUUCAGAUGGACAGACAAAUGCAACAACACUUAAUUCAACCGCAGGAUACACAGAUGCAUUCUAGGGCAACAGCUCUCCAAAAUGUUGAAUCCACAAUUUCAGAACUUGGAAAUAUUUUUACUCAGCUAGCCACAAUGGUUGCUCAACAAGGAGAGUUGGCGAUCAGGAUAGAUGAUAAUAUGGAUGAUACACUGUCCAAUGUGGAAGGAGCACAAGGUGCUCUUUUAAAACACUUGAGUCGGAUAUCUUCGAAUAGGUGGCUUAUUGUUAAGAUAUUUUUUGUUAUUAUCAUUUUCAUAGUGAUAUUUAUUGUUUUCGUGGCCUAACGUAAAGUGGACGAGUCAUUUUGCGUGUAGCUUGAAUUUAUUUUACUUCAAAUCAAUAGUAACAAUGUGUUGAAGUAUUCUAUGUAAACUUUCCAAGGGAUAAAACUCAUUUCAAGUGUAAAGAAAAAUGCUCAGGCAUUACAUCAUAUACUGUAAUGUACUGGGUUGAUAUCUGUAGUUCUUUUGUUUAAGAUUGAUGAAGUGUCAUGCUUGUAAGGCAUGGACCAAUGUAUAGAAGCGGUCAUUAAUAGUCCUUAUCUCAAAACAAACCAUGUUCCAAGCGUAAAUGCCAUUGUAACUAAAAAUAUAACUUCUUUAAUCAUAAGAGAUUUACUUU